CCAUCUCACUUGAAUCAACUAAAUUCCCCCAGUCAUACCAACAUCUCUUGAAAUCCCUUCCCUGACCCUGCUUAGUUAUUUCAUUUUUUUUUAAAAUAAUAUUGAUGAUAAUCCGCUGUUAAAAGUAUAAUAAUAUUCCCUUGUAUUCGUAAUGUACUCUCCUUCUGUUUAAAACAAAACUGAUUCUUGGAAGUGAAUUGAAGGGAUAAAACAAUUUUUAAAAAAUAUAUAUAUUAAUAAUAGUAAUAAAAAUCUGUGGGUUUGCAAUUUCAUCACCCCUUUUAUCUGAUUGUCGUGCAGAAUAUCUGAAAAUCUGGGUGUCUUUUCUUUUUUCGUUGGAAAGCUUUUAAGAAAGCGCUGAUUCAGAUUAGCUCUUUUUCUGCCAAGUGAUUGGAACCGCACCCUGCUUUGGUUAAUUAUACAUAUGGCUUUGGCCUUCACUUAUCUUUCAUGGUGGUUAUGGAGUGGGAAAUAUCAAGAGCCUAGAACUCCUAAUGGAUCAUCUUUAAGUUCUUCACCUGAUACAGGUUUAUGGGAAUCGGAUCAUCUGAAGUUUCCUCGGAUUAAGAGGGCUAAUAUGGCUUCUUCGUCGAGAAGAGUUAAGAGGAAAUGGCAUAGCCGGGAGGAAAGAAAGAUCGAUAGGGAAUAUGAUGUAGUUCUAGUGCCAUCUGAUGGAGAGUGUGUUUCAGGGUCGGAGUCUGAUGGUUCUGAUUACUCCAUUGGAUGGUUGGAGCCUCAUGGACCUGGCUUCCAUAGUGAUGAUGAUUCGGAUAACAGUUUCGCGGUGUUGGUUCCGUGUUACGAGCAAAGUGAGGAUAAAAUGGUGGUGGAUUCAAAAAAUAAGAUUCUGGGUGCCAUUGUCAACAUUCCUGACAAUUAUUCUGCUGAAAGCAAAAAAUACGUGGAACAGUGGCUUUCUUCUUUGCAGGCUAAUUGAUAUCAUGCACUGUUGAAGAUUGCAUAUGAAACCGUAUUCUGUUGCCGAUCUGCUGGAAGAACAUGGUCUAGUGUUCUAACAUUGAUAUAAAUAUUGUAUAAAGAUAUUGUAGAUGGUGUUAAAAUUUUAAAAAGAUGGCUUGCUUCAUUGAUUUAUUGUCUCUAGUAGAAGAGAAUCUGAGCUGGUAUCAACCGAUGAGCAGCGGAAACAGCAGUGAAGAGGCCUAAAUAGUGUGAAUAUUGGACUGGAUAUGUCCUUUUCUUUCGAGACCCGAGCCGACAGUAUGUCUUCCUUGUGUGCUGUUCAGAUGAAGUAGAUCAAUGUUCAUGUGUGUGUUAGAUUUGGCUAGAAGAUAAAUGGAGAAAGUUGUGUGUAUUCAAUUCUUUGCUGUAAAUAUCAAUCAAUGUACAUACUAAAAACUGAAUCAGAUUAAUCUUUUCAUUGUAUUAGUGUAAAUAAUAUAUGAAUAAUUGCAGGUAUUGUGUAAAUGACAAAAA